AUGUCAGCAACAACAGCAUCGCUACGAAACCUAAAGCCCAAUUUAGUAACUGGGAAUAGUCUACAUAAUAUGACAGCAAAUGAAAAUGAAACAAAAUCAACUCGAUUCUAUUCGAAAAAACCUUCGAGCGCAAACAACAUUUCGCAAGAGUACGCAUCAACAAACGGUUCCAAUCAUCAUUUAAAGAAACGCAACGUCUUAUCUCAUCAUCGUUAUUUUCAAAAGUCUAUACCCGAAUGUCCUACACCGGCGAAUCCAGAUCAACAACAACAGAAUGGACACGAUUCAAAUCAACCGGUACGGAAGAUGUUGCCACAUUCUUCGUCGUCACCGAUUGUUUUUCAUGCAAUUGCACCCGCUCCGUUAUCGGAAGAUGUUGCUCAAGAACCAAAGGUAUCUUUGAAGAAGAGGAGGAGAAAAUCUCAUCAUGAACCGAUGUCUGACUCAAGUCGUCGCAUAGCAAAUGUUCUGGCACAUACUCGGAUAAAAACAAUGUCGAAUGUAGUAUCAAGCUGUUCAGAUGAAGAAGGAGAAUCCAGUAUUCAUCGCUCAUCGAAUCAAUCAUCAUCAUCGUCGUCGUCAUCGUCGUCGAUCGAUACGGACGCUGAUGAAUCCGAUCCUGAAACUAAUAAUGAUUCCAGUAAACAUAUAAACAAAUCUCGUCGUUUUCAAAAAACACGAAAAACUAGUUUUUCAUCAUUGAAUAACAAUCACACCCCGCCUGUAUCACGAACAAACGUACGUAAAGACGAUCACCAACCGCAACAUCAUCCUCGAUCGAGUUCCAACGACGAAGACAACACUGAAAUCAAUGGAAUUAAUGACGAAAUGAUCUUGAACAAUCGACGAGUGAAACUACUUUCGUUAAAAAAGCGUGAUCAUAUAACGACGACAACAACAACAGAUGACGAUACAAUCAGACACCAUCGAUAUCAUCCGUUAGAUAAUCUGGAAAACAGUGCGAAAGAUUUACCAUCAGAAUCGAAUGGAUCAUCACCAUUGACAACCAAUGUCGUCCCGAUCAAUCCGAGUGCAACGCGAAAAGGAACUCGUUUUCAAGUGAAAUCUGUACGAAAAUCUCAACAAAAUGUUCUGUUAGCAAAUGCUGCUGCAGCGAAAUCGUCGAACGACGAUGAUUGUUCAACAUCCAAACAACAACGAACAAAAGUGUCGUCAAAAAUAUUAUUAAGCGGACGUCUAAAUACGAAUACACCGACCACUGAUGGAGAAACUUCGACAACUAACACUGAUAAUCUUGCUAAUGGUACCGCGUCGACAUUAAAACCUGCUAAACAUAGUAGUAUGACGAACGGAAAUGGACAUCAUCGCGUUCGUUUCCAUGUAACACAACACAGAAAACAUGAAUCACCUGUUGAGGAAGAGAAAGUACCUGCUCCAAUAACGCCUUCACCGGCACCAGCGCCGCCAUCAUCAGCUGCAUCUGCACAAGGAGAAGAUGAAGAAGAAGAAGAAGCUGUUGCUAAAAGUCCUGAUAAUCGUUUUAUUAAAUAUGCAAAAGAAAUCGGUCGUGGUGCAUUCAAAACUGUCUAUCGUGGUUUAGAUACUGAAACAAGUGUUGCUGUUGCCUGGUGCGAAUUACAGGAAUUCGCACAAUUUGACCGACAUGAACGGGCACGUUUUAAAGAAGAGGCUGAGAUGUUAAAGAAACUGCAACAUCAAAAUAUCGUUCGUUUCUAUGACUUUUGGGAAGAAACAAAUCCUCGAACAAACAAGAAAGUGAUUAUACUUGUCACCGAAUUAAUGACAUCAGGUUCAUUAAAAGGGUAUAUUCGAAAUUUUAAAGGACAAAAAGAAGAAAAACGUAUUAAUGUGAUGAAAAAAUGGUGUCGACAAAUUCUCAAAGGACUCGCUUAUUUACACAGUCGAAAUCCUCCUGUUAUCCAUAGAGAUUUGAAAUGUGACAACGUGUUCAUAUCAAGCACAACCGGUUGUGUCAAAAUCGGUGACCUCGGCCUAGCAACAUUCAAAACUCAAACAUUUGCCAAAAGUAUGCGCGGCACAAUGGAAUUUAUGGCACCGGAAAUGUUCGAUGAAAAAUACGAUGAAUUAGUCGAUAUUUACUCGUUUGGCUUAUGUAUGCUAGAAAUGAUCACAGGUGAAUAUCCAUACAUUGAAUGCAAAGGACCAACUGCAGUUAUCAAACGUGUGACAGCUGGUUUAAAACCUGAUUGUUAUUAUAAAGUUGAGAGCGAGGAUGUUCGGGAAGUCAUCGAUUGUUGUAUACGAACGAAGAAAGAAGAACGAUUGUCGGUGCAGGAUUUACUACAACAUUCAUUCUUUCUUGAUGAUAAUGGCUUACGGAUCGAUUUAGUACGGGAUUCAUCGGAUGAUUCGGCUGUGGCAAUAAAGAGUGAUAUGAUUGAUUUGAAAUUGAAAAUUGUCGAUAAAACUAAACGGAAAGCUUUGUAUGCGGAGAAGAAAGUGACAACAACGGUUUUCGAAGCGAUACUGUUUCCAUAUAAUCUUCUCACUGAUACACCAGAACAAAUCGCUGAUGAGUUAAUUGGCAAAAACUAUAUUUUUGACGAAGACAAAAAGUUCGUUAUACAAUCAAUCAAAGAUCGUGUUCGAGCAUUGAAUUACGAACUUAUUGAUCGAAAGGCUGGUGUCUUCUCAGAAAAUGGAAAACCAACAAUCAAUCAAACACCACAACCGCCGGUUAUCAUGCAGCAACAGCAAACGACGCCAAUAAUUCCUGUAGCCCAACCACCUAAUUUUACGCAAGCACCUACUCUGGUCCAACAAACGCCUAUUGAACAACAGCAACCACCCGCACCACCUCAGCAGCAACAUAUAGUCAAGCCAGUUGUGCAAACUGAACCAACGCCAAUCGCUCAGGUGCCUGAACUUAGCCCGAGUGUACCAGGUUCAGCUGUCAGUCUCGAAGAACUAGAAGCAGCAUUGAAGAAAACGUUUACAAAAAAUAAUACUGUCAAUUCCAAUGCAGCUUCGAAUCCUGUGACUGAAACUAGUGAAGUCGCAGCACCUUUGAUCAAUCAAGAAGAUCCGUUGAUAGUAAAACCAAUAACCAAUACAAAUAUUCUUGAGCAGCAACCAAUUGAAGAGCCUACUGUACCAGUGACUACUGAACCUUUAUCAAAUAAUAUACAACCAUCAACAUCGACGAUAUUACAAUCUCAAUCUCAACCAACGACAAUGUUGACGAAUCAACAACAGCAGAUGCUUCAAAAUUCUCAUCUUCUAUCACAACCUUCUCAAAGUUAUUCGUUUUCAACCGUAUCUCCUCCUCCUCCUCCUCCUCAACAUUUGAUCGCUACUCCUAUACCUAAUGAUUCUAUUAAAUCAAUAGUAACACCUUCAACAACUUCAACACCUCCAACAACAGAAACGACUGAAAAUAAUCAUAUAUCGAUAUCACCGUCAACUACACCCUUAACUCUUCCACACACGAGCGAAGCUGUUCAACCUUCGAUUCCGUCAGAUACUCAGCCACAAGUAUCAGGUAGCCUACAACAACUCGAAGUUCUCCUGAUGAAUACAUUCAAAAAACCGAAUAAAGCGACUGGAACAGCACACAGCAGUGACGGAGAAGCAGCUACGACAAAUACUCAACCUAUAAACUCCGUUUCCACAUUAACAAACGAAGACAAAAAUGAAGUUGAGACCAUGUCUAUUGAUUCAUCAUCCUUACUCGCCGAGGAUAAAAAACGUCCAAUAAAUGAUGUAUCGAAUACAUCUACACAAUCAUCUCAACAAACAAUCAAACUUUCCCAACAGCUAUCCGAAUCCACACAUUUCGAUCCAUUAAUCUCAACUGAUAGUGGUAAUCUACAAGAAUUAGAAACUCUUUUGAAAAGUACAUUUCAAAAAGCGCCUCCCAACGAUGAAAUGCUCACAAUCUCUCCACAGGUCUCCACAAGCACUGACGACCUAACUGAGUUGAAAUCAUUGAUUAUGGACAUGAGUAGAAACUUAUUAACUAAAAUGAAUAUCAUCGAAACUAAAAUCGACGAACAUUGUACUCAAACACGAAAGAUCAAUCAUACGAUAACCAGCACAAUCUUACCAUCGUUAAUGGAUCUUACAGAUAUCAUUCAAGAAACAUCUGCGACAUCGAAUCUUGACGUUCGAGUGAAAAGCAAAUUAGAAAAUAUCCAAACACGUAUUCGCUCUACGCAGCAGCAACAAAAUGAUAUGAAAGAUCUAAUGGAUAUUUGA